GGAUCUCCGCCGCCAGCAAAUUAAGGCGCAGGGCAGCGAGCGCCAGGGCUCAGUGUCCGUAGUUCAGCGCCGCGCUCCCCACACCAGCGUCCUAGCAGCCGCGCUCGGCUGGUGGCCACCUCAGCCUGGGACAUCGCGGCUGUCCCCAGCCCCAGAGGGAGGAAGGACGCGGAGUGGAUGCUCCAGGACUCCAGGACUUUGUGCAGUUGAUGCUCGUUUCCGCCUUCGGGCUGUGCAGACUGUCGUCCUGCCGAGCGCCCCGGAGCGUGCGCACCCGCUGUAGUGCCGGGUGGGCCCUCUCCUCUCCGGCUGCCUUCGAAGUCUCUGCGGCUCUGGGGCUUUGCGGUGGGGAUAGAGGCCAGUGAGCAGCUCUGGAGAGGUUGGAGCUGACACUUCUGGAGUCCUGGCCCCGCUGUGACUGCUCUCGGAAACUUUGAGCUGUGUUUCGGGUCUUUGUCUCCCUUGGGGAAUCUGGACGGCAGUUCGGACGACCCCGUCCCUGGCCAGGACCGCGUGCUGGGGACCAUGGAGUUCACGGCGUCGCCCAAGCCCCAACUCUCCUCCCGGGCCAACGCCUUCUCCAUUGCCGCGCUCAUGUCGAGCGGCGGCUCUAAGGAGAAGGAGGCGACGGAGAACACAAUCAAACCCCUGGAGCAAUUUGUGGAGAAGUCAUCCUGUGCCCAGCCCCUGGGUGAGCUGACCAGCCUGGAUGCUCAUGGGGAGUUUGGUGGAGGCGGUGGCAGCAGCCCAUCCUCCUCCUCUCUGUGCACUGAGCCGCUGAUCCCCACCACCCCCAUCAUCCCCAGUGAGGAAAUGGCCAAAAUCGCCUGCAGCCUGGAGACCAAGGAGCUUUGGGACAAAUUCCAUGAGCUGGGCACCGAGAUGAUCAUCACCAAGUCGGGCAGGAGGAUGUUUCCGACCAUCCGGGUGUCCUUUUCGGGGGUGGAUCCUGAGGCCAAGUACAUAGUCCUGAUGGACAUCGUCCCUGUGGACAACAAGAGGUACCGCUAUGCCUACCACCGGUCCUCCUGGCUGGUGGCUGGCAAGGCUGACCCGCCGUUGCCAGCCAGGCUCUAUGUGCAUCCAGAUUCUCCUUUUACCGGUGAGCAACUACUCAAACAGAUGGUGUCUUUUGAAAAGGUGAAACUCACCAACAAUGAACUGGAUCAACAUGGCCAUAUAAUUUUGAACUCAAUGCAUAAGUACCAGCCAAGGGUGCACAUCAUUAAGAAGAAAGACCACACAGCCUCAUUGCUCAACCUGAAGUCUGAAGAAUUUAGAACUUUCAUCUUUCCAGAAACAGUUUUUACGGCAGUCACUGCCUACCAGAAUCAACUGAUAACGAAGCUGAAAAUAGAUAGCAAUCCUUUUGCCAAAGGAUUCCGGGAUUCCUCCAGGCUCACUGACAUUGAGAGGGAAAGUGUGGAGAGCCUGAUUCAAAAGCAUUCCUAUGCGCGCUCACCCAUCCGUACCUACGGAGGAGAAGAAGAUGUCUUGGGAGAUGAGAGUCAGACAACCCCAAAUCGAGGGUCAGCCUUUACAACAUCUGAUAAUUUGUCUCUCAGCUCCUGGGUAUCAUCUUCUUCCAGUUUUCCUGGGUUUCAGCACCCACAGUCCCUGACUGCUCUUGGCACCAGCACAGCAUCCAUAGCAACACCCAUUCCUCACCCCAUCCAGGGUUCUCUGCCACCAUAUAGCCGACUGGGAAUGCCUCUGACCCCAUCGGCCAUUGCCAGCUCCAUGCAAGGGAGUGGCCCCACAUUCCCUUCAUUCCACAUGCCGCGAUACCAUCACUAUUUUCAGCAGGGGCCCUAUGCUGCCAUUCAAGGACUACGCCAUUCCUCUGCUGUGAUGACGCCAUUUGUAUGA